CAUUCAGUCUGUAAGUUUCUGUAGAGGUGAGUUGAGUUGUUGUCAUUUUGUUAGCACUACUGUGGAGGUUAAAAAUACUUAUAAGACUUAAAAGUUCUUACUCGAGCACUUCAAUCGGAUUUUUGGGAGAAUUCUUGAAAUUGACUAAAAAAAGGCAACAUUUUUGCUCUCAGCUUGUACUACUUAGUACAUACAACCAAAAUGUUCAACAAGGCCCUCACUCCAUCUGCAUUGUCCUUGUGGCAUUUAUUUGCAAUCGCUGUGCUCUUAUUUACUGCGUCGCCAAUGAAAGCGGCAAACAUACCAAUGACAGAGGACUUAGCUAAUGCCGUGAAUCCGAAAAACAAUUUACCGGCAGACCAACGCAGUGUGCGGGGUGAUGUUUUGUUGCGAGGACAAGCAGUAAUUGAUAUGGUACCCAUGGCAGAUCGCACCGCUUUUAUUCGCUAUGAACUGUCUAAGGCUAUGCAACGUUCUAAUUUUACUGCUAACAAUAGCACUGGCCGCGCAAUCAAUCCACGUUUCUUUCUGGAUCCCAACAUUUUACUGAGUCCCACCCAAUUAGUGAUAUUCGAGAAUAUUCCGACAUACCCUGAAUUCGCGAAUGAUUUACUCUUUUGGUUGCGUGAUCGUUUGGAGGUCGCCGAAGAUGACAUAUAUGGGCUGCUCAGUGCACGUACCAUCUUACUGUGCACGGCUAAUGGCAUUUGUAUCCCGGACGAUAGAAUUGGUGACCUCUGUUGUCCUUUCUAACAGAAAUAAUUUUAGUCAUAAAAUGUGUAAAUGAUGAAAGAUUAGACAAAAAAAAAAAUCUAAAAAAAAAAAUGU